GAGCAAAUUGAUAAGAUGUUGUUUUUCAUUUUUUUUAGAAAUGGAAAAAUCCCAGUGAACGAUGAGGAGCAGACUAAUGUCCCACACAUUUAUGCCAUUGGUGACAUACUGGAGGGUAAAUGGGAGCUGACUCCUGUGGCCAUCCAAGCUGGGAAGCUGCUGGCACGCCGCUUGUAUAGGGGAUCCACACUUAAGUGUGAUUAUGUGAAUGUCCCCACAACUGUAUUUACCCCAUUGGAAUACGGCUGCUGCGGACUGUCAGAGGAGAAGGCCAUUGAGCUCUACGGUCAGGAAAAUUUGGAGAUCUACCACAGUCUGUUCUGGCCUCUGGAAUUCACUGUGCCUGGAAGGGAUAACAAUAAAUGCUAUGCCAAGAUCAUUUGCAAUAAGCUGGACAAUGAGCGAGUAAUCGGCUUUCACUAUAUGGGUCCAAAUGCUGGAGAGGUGACCCAGGGCUUUGGUGCAGCUAUGAAAUGUGGCGUGACCAAAGAGCAGCUGGAUGUCACCAUUGGUAUCCACCCAACCUGUGCUGAGAUCUUUACCACAAUGGAGGUGACCAAGAGCUCUGGUGGAGACAUCACUCAGGCGGGCUGCUGAGGUUAAACCCUGCUUGUUUAGCUUGCUGCUCUUAUGUUUGACUAUUUAGCUACCUCAUCCACCACUAGAGCUCAGUUUACUUGCCUCAGGUUGCUCAGUUUACAUUGUUGCAUUUCUCAGGACAAACGGAGCACCAUGGUCAGUUUUGACACAUUAUUGUGUGUUGGCUCAGAGCUUAGAGGUAGGCAUAAGAGCAGCAGCUGAACGGCGGGGUUACUUCGCUUAAGUCUUUGGGCUUCACAGGAUUCUUUUCAGAGGAGCACUAUACAUGUGUGUGUAUGGGAGCUGUUUGACAUUCUAGCUUGUAACCCAAAAUACUGUGGUGAGCUAGGAUCGAUGUACCACUGAAGAGGCACAUCUGUGGCCUAAACCCUACGUCCAAUCCCCAACUUAAACACUUUUCUAUACAUUAGACUUGUUUUAUAGGUUACCUUAAAUAAGCCUUAUAGGUACACAUGGAGAAACAGAAGUUGGUUUGCUUUACUCCGCUUUGUACAAACAUGUUUGCAGUUUAGAAAGCUAAUUAUUCUGUCAUAUUUAUCUGUGGAGGUUCUCUGCCUUAAAGGUGAAGCUGCAGAUUUGACCAAAGUCUUGUCAAACUAGGUGGGCAAUUUAUUUGAAGGACUGUGUUGUCUCAUUCUUUUGAUGUAAAGAUGAAUAAUCUGUGCUGAAUGUUUUAAAAUAUAUAUAUAUUUUCAAACUUUUUACUCAAAUAAUUUAAUGCUGCUUGAUGUUCUUGCUCAACUUCAGCAAUAUUUAUGCUGCAUCUAUGCCUGCAGAGAACAGUAUUCUGACUGCUGUCUUUGAGUGACACUGGUCAGUGGUAAAUUAUACUUGCUCGUGUCAAACCACUGUAGAGUUAAUUCCUCCUAAGAACUAAUAAAUUUGCAUUUACCCAAAA